CAUUACCGAUUACCGUUCCACUGCAACCAUAAAGCCCCUCUAGCUCCUCUAUGGAUAUUAAGAGGACCGCUAUAUCACCGGAACCCGUUUCUCUCGUAGCGGGAUCAUCACCUCAGGAGUUUUCACCUAGCACCCUGCUCCAGGGAAUAGCGAAGAGAAGAAGUCGAGCGAACUGCGUGUUCGUUGUCGUCGUCGCCGUCGUUCUCCUUGGCUUGGCGAGCCUCGUGUAUUCGUGGCUGUUCCAUUCCACUCUGACCCAUUCUCGUCAACAAAGUCGUGCUGCCAAUUUCUGUUGCCCGCUCAUCGUUUAUGACCUGUACAAUGUGAUGAACGAGAGCAAGGAUCCCUGCACACAGUUCUACCCUUACACCUGCUAUGCGUGGAAACAAAAUCGUUCUACUACGGUUCGCAAGCAUCUUAUGGAAGACGUCGUUCAUCCAAUCCUCCAAAUGAAGGCCCCUAUCUUGAAUGGAAAGGAGGUCGCCAGUUCACCAUCAGCCAGGAUCAUUGCUUAUCACUAUGGAAGUUGCAUUCAGCAGGGACAUGAAAGCCUCGAUAUUAUUAUCAACACGUCGAUCCACGCAGUACUCGAGCUUCUACGAGGCAACCUCUCUCCAGCGUCUUCUCAGGCCGUCCUGCUAGAAAAUGCGUUAUACCUGAGCGCCGAAUGCUACCUCUACUCCUUCAUGGACUCCUACUAUAUCGAGAAUCCGAAGCGAGGCACUGCGACCAUGUACAUCCAAGUCAGCGACAGAGGUCAGGACGCCCUGCGGAGGAAUACACUUGAAAUUGCCACGCCAAUCCUGAACAACCAUUUCGGUAUGAGAGUAUUAGUUGAUGACGUCAUGAACUUCAUGCGAGAAAUUCAACGACGUCCGCCCGACAUGCCACCAGUAAGGGAAAAGACAGACCUGGACGCGUCAACUAUAAGCUCGCCACAAGAAGUAGGUCGCUGGAAUGUUACUUUCAAUCACUUGCACGAGCUACAACCGAAAAUACGGCAAGAAACCUGGGACACAGUCUUCGAUUCGCUUCAGUACUGGAGAAAUUCGACGCGCAUCGAAGUCACCAAUCGUCCAGGAACCGCUCACAUCCUCGGCCUCUUCGCAGACGACAGCAAGCGACGCGAAGCCAUAUCGCUUCUCGUGUUAUUGCCAGCAGCUUCACUAGACCCCGGCCUCUGGAACCAUCAGGAAAUCAGUGGUCCCGAGAGCGCCAGGACAUGCGAAAGAAACAUCAACGUUAUCUACCCUUUGUGGGAUGACGCACUCAGCAGGGCACUGACCACUGCCGAAAGCGACGCCACGGUUCGCAAGAUAUACAGCGACGCCGUGUCUGCCGUUAAGAACGAGGCAUUCCGCCGCUACGAAUCGUCGCAGCACUCCACCAUAGUCAGUGUCCUGCGGAAGAAAUCUCUCCUGCUCCCUUCGGAAAGAAACCCGACCGACUUGAACCCGAGUUUCGUCCCGAUCAAGGGGAGCCAUGACGACGUGUCGCGCUCCUACUUGCACUGCAAAAACAACUUGGCGCUUUUUAGAUACUGGGCGCUCUACGAUAGGUAUCAGGAACUUAAUUUCUUUACACCAGAUUUUGCGCAGGGCAGGGACGUCUACGACACGUCAAUUCUGAUAGCUGACGAGUACAUCUACGUUCCACCAACGGCGUACGCUCUUCUGCACCUUGAGGCAGCCACAGAUAGGUUGGUCAACAUGGCCAUAUUGGGCAUUCAAUUCGUAGACGCCCUGUGGACGGCCAUAAUUAAUAACGUCGACGAAGCGGACACUUCUUUGACCUUAUGGAAGUGUAGAGGACUGAACGGCGCUGAAGCCUUGAACUCUUUCAGUCUUCCUUGGCUCACCCUCGGCACUACGGCGCUAGCGUCCAUGGAGCCUACCUGGACCACAAUGAUGGAAGGCUGGGGAGCGAUGAAGGUAUCACCGAGCAGAGUGUUUUACAUGCUGGUGUUUUAUCACCACGUCUGCAACAGUGAGAUAGACACCGAAAGAUCCAGGCAGCUGAGCCGUUUUGUGAGUUCGGUGCCAGAUUUCAACGCGGCUUUCAACUGUACAAAGCGCAACGAUACGUGGCGUGAAAGAUGCGAAGGUUUGAAACAUGAAGCCAUACAUGAAACAUGAGGUUUAGCUAUAGCAGUUUGAAUAAUUGGGAAUGAUAUGCGACUUGUCUGUGAGUGACAUGCGUGACUCUUAGCUUACCGACCGACUGAACCUUGGCUAUCGCGUGUCAUAUAUAUUUUAACGUUAUGUUAACGUUCGUUAUAUUAAUUUAUAUUAAUCGUUUAGAAAUCGCAACGUAGUAAAAACGAUAGCUUCA